AUGGAGCGCAUACAGUGGCCUGUACUGGACCUGCAGAGAGUCUGUGAGUGGAUAACUGACCUGUUGGACAAUUAUACAAUUUGCUUUGGGCAUGUCUUGUCUGACAGUUUCUACCCAGUCCUGCACCGACCCAUCGGGGUGGGCAGUGCCUUUGAAGGUUGGAGUCCCCGUGAGCAGGAUGUCGUGUACCGUGUGCUCAUACCCAUGACUCCUCCCCGAGGCCACAGCUUCCAGCUGGAGCUGGACGGUGAGGGGCAGAGGCACGUGAGGAACUUCCGUGUCCGCGUGCAGCUGGAGUGCACCUGCACGAGGCAGCAGCAGGGUGAGAACAUGCUGUGCUUCCUGCACAACCCCGAGGAGGAGCUGAGGAGCAAUCAGGAUCCCAGCCUCCUAGACACCCUGUGCACCGACUCCUACCUGGACGUGCAGAAAACUGCCCUCUGGUUCCGGCAACUGGUGAAAGCAAUCUGGCCAGCUUUGCCUCAGUCACACAACUGGCAUUUAACGCUGCUGCCCUCCACACGCUCCUGCCAAUUCAAGGUGACCAAUGGUGAAGAAAGCUUCAGGAUUGAGAUGCUGUUCGGGGUGCGGAGAGGUGACUCAGCCAUCUUUGUGAGCAGCCAGCCUAGAGAGGCCUACACACUAAGCACAGCCUGGCCUGAGUCCUUUGCUGUGGCAGAGGCUGAGUUCUUCAAGUACAUUGCCAGGCAGGCCCCCCCUGACAGCUUGCACCUCAAAUGCCUUCAGUUCUUCUCCCGCCUUGUUCUGGGCUUCAGCUUCUCCACCUACACCAUGAAGACCAUUGUCAUGCACCUGCUCAUUGCCAUGCCCGUGUCAUCGUGGAGCAGGGGACAUCUCCGGGAGCGACUGACGGAUAUCAGGGACAGCCUGCAUAUAUGUUUGCGACAAAAAUGCCUCCAGCACUUCAUUGUGGGUAACCGGAGGUUUCCUCAGGACAUCAAUUUACCCCCAGAUGUAAGAAUGGGUAGGACAUACAAUCUCUUCCAUCACCUGGCGCAGCAGCCGGCUGCCCACACCCAGGCAAUGCGGGAUUACCGGGUGCUGCACAAGACGUUCAAAAGGAUCGCUCUCCGAGAGGAUGACUGAAGGAAGGGCAGGAGCCAUGGCCAAGUGCACAGAGCUGUGCUUGUGCUGCUCGCAGCUGGCAGCAGACAACCACCUCCUAGCACAAAUUUGGUGCUAAGGAGAAGAGGAUGCGUGCAAAGGCUCUGGAGAAGGUCCAACAGCCUCUGCUGGCACCUCAGAAAGUGGACUGCCACGGGAGGGUUUAUUCUACUUCUUUGUAUCAUUUCACUUUCCAAAAAAGGCACCCAGUAGUCAUUGAGCCCUGCUCUACAUGCUGAGCUAAAGUCUCCAAACCCCACCUGCAAUAUGCAGUUCUUCCCAGCCUUUGCGGAGAGCUAAAAUUUCAAGCAUGAAAAAAGUGGGAAUCUGGGACAGAAAAAGAAAAAAAGAAAUGGGGCAAAAAAGAGUAUGAGGAAAAACUGGCACUGCUGACCCGGGAUGAGUCAAUGGAUGGAGCCUCUCCAUGUCCCUGGAAGAGACACCUUUAUGUCAGCAUUAGACCACGUGUGUUGGAGCUGACAUGAAAUUUUAUCUAUAGCAGAAUCAAGGUUUUUGUUUCAUAGAUAGAUAUAUUGUGUAUGCCUGUUAUAUACUAUAAAGUUUAUGAAUUAUCAUAUCUACUAGUAAAAUACGAUAAAUCAAAACAAUAUAGUAAUAUAAAUAAUAUCAAAAUAUGAAAUAUGGAGUUACAUCAGGAUAAAAAGUAAUUUUAAAGAGUUGCAUAUGUAAUUUCGUUUAAAUAGUAACAGUAGAACACAUAUUUAUUGUCAGUGUCUGUUGUGACACAUAUUGUUGCUCAUAGUCCCUUUAUGUCUGGAAGGUUUUUCAUAAAAUAGAUAUAUUUAUUACAUAUAUAGCAUACAUAUGAUAUAUACUUGCUGUAUACAUUAAAUAUGAAUAUAACUCUGUAAUAUAUAUUCUAUAUCAUAUGCCUAUAAUAGAUUACAUGCGUGAUAUAAAUUUUAUACAGAUGUAAAGCCAUAUCCAGUCUUGCUAUCUGUUGCAACCCAUAUUCCUGCUCUAGAGUUAAUGCAUUUAUAAGUAGCAAACUGGAAAACGCUUUGCUCUGGUGUCAAUAAAAGGCAAUUUGUGCAGAA